AUGGGUAUUCAUAAGCUAAUGACUCUCAUUUAAGAGAAGGCGCCAAAGGCUGUUAAAACUAUAACUCUUGACUAUUUGACUGGAAAAGUUAUUGCUUGUGAUGCUUCUAUGGCUAUCUAUCAAUUUUUGAUAGCUACUCAAACUAUGAAGUAAGGAAUGGGAAUUGGUGAACUGAGAGAUGACAAGGGCAAUCUUACUGGCCACUUAGUUGGAAUGUUUCAUAGAACAAUCUAGUUCUUAGAAAAUGGAAUUAAGCCCAUUUGGGUAUUUGAUGGAAAACCUCCUGAUUUGAAAUCAAAGGUGCUGGAAACAAGGAAAGAAUAAAAAGAAAAAGCUACUGAAGAAAAGAAAGCUUUUCUAGAAACUGGAGAUCUUGAAGGUGCAAAAAGAAUGGCAGGAAGAUCUGUUAAGGUCACUUGGGAUAUGAUGAGAGAUGCGAAGAAAUUACUUAGAUUAAUGGGAUGUCCGGUAGUAGAAGCACCUGGAGAAGCUGAAGCAUAAUGCGCAGUUAUUGUGAAAAAUGGCUAGGCCUUCGCAACUGCUUCAGAGGAUAUGGAUGCUUUGACCUUUGGUACCAAGGUCUUGCUAAGAGGUUUCAAUAGCAAAAAGGAACCAAUUAUCCAGAUAGAAUUGGAUGAAGUCUUAGAGGGAUUCAAUAUGAAUUAGGACUAAUUUAUUGACCUCUGCAUUUUAUGCGGAUGUGAUUAUACUACAAAUAUUACAGGUGUGGGUCCUGUUAAGGCCUAUAAGUAUAUUUCAGAAUAAGGUGGUGUUAUUGAAAAUGUAUUGAAGAAAAUUGAAAAGGAAAAUAAUUAUCCUUGGAAAAAGAAAAAAUAUCACAUUCCCGAAAACUUUUACUAUAAGGAAGCUCGAGAACUGUUUAAAGUACCGGCUGCUGAAAGAGAUAAAAAGACGAUAGAUGGAAUGCUAAAGUGGACGAAACCAGAUGAGGAAGGGCUAAAAGAAUUUCUGAUCUAAUAAAAGGGUUUUAGUGAGAUCAAAGUAGAUAGUGGUCUUAAGAAGCUUAGAGGAUGUCAAGGGAAAACUAACUAAGCAAGAUUGGAUUGCUUUUUUAACUAAGGUUAGAAAAAGACUUCAAACAGUUUUAAGAAGGAUGAAAAAAAUAAAGGAAGUGCUUGCAAGGAGAAUACCAAUUCCCAUAAUAAUACUUAUUCAAAGUGGUACAAUGAUCCAUUUAGUAUUCCAGGAAAGUAAAAGCCAGGAUCUAAUCCUUUAGCUAAAAAGUAGAGCUGA